UUAAAACCACUUUAUUAGAUACUGAAAAUAAUAGAUGAGAUGUUCUAUCGUGUCAUAUUCAUAAAGCGUCUUUUGCAAAGUACAUGAUAAAUUAAAAUAAAUUCAAAAUUAUAGUCUAUAUUGAAAUUUGAGGCAUAGAAAUUGAUUUUUUAAUAUCAGGACUUUAAUUUUAAAAUGAAGUUUUUGUCAGUCGAGUGUAGAAAUUUAAUAUCUCGGUAGAGUAAAUUUUCACAUCGUGCUCCGCUAGAGUAUAUAAUUUUAUGUUCUCCGUGCCAUGUAUAAGACUAAUUUUAUUGUUAUAUGCGGUGAUGCCAACCGAUUGAAAUUUUUCCCCAAGCAUAUUUUAAAAUCCCCUAAACUCACACUGAUACCCAAGUUUUUUUGUGAUAUUCUAUUGUUUAAAGUAAUAACUUUAAUACAUGAAAAGUCCAAUUAAAUAUUUUUAAUAAAUUAACUUACUUGCAUAUUUUAAUUAUAAUGAAAUAGUUUUAAAUAAAAAAGUUAUAUUAAAAUGUAACAUAGGAUUGAUAAAAAAACUUGUGUAUUGCCUUUACAUAAGUAAAAUUCCGGUUAAAGAAGUUAUUUAUUUUCUCCCUAAAACUUUUUAUCCCCGAUAUAAUCCCCUUAUUUUAAUUUUUCUCCUUAAAUUUAGGAAAAAAUUUCCCAAGCUGGCAUCACUGGUCAUGUCAUUAUCAUUUGAUUCUUUUGUGGCGAGGCUGAGUUAAAAACUUAUGUUAUAAAAAAUGUCGAUUUUAGCUAGCCCUUUAUCUGUAGCCGGUUCCAGAACAACUGGAAGUUCAGUUCGUACCCAAAAUGUUAUGGCUGCAUCUACAAUCGCAAAUAUAGUUAAAAGUUCCCUCGGGCCUGUCGGCUUGGAUAAAAUGUUGGUAGAUGACAUUGGAGAUGUUACAGUUACGAAUGAUGGAGCCACAAUCUUACGUUUAUUGGAAGUUGAACAUCCCGCUGCUAGAGUUUUAGUUGAAUUGGCUCAAUUACAAGAUGAAGAAGUUGGAGAUGGUACAACUUCUGUUGUAAUAAUUGCAGCAGAAUUGCUUAAAAAUGCCGAUGAAUUAGUGAAACAAAAAAUUCAUCCAACAUCGAUUAUAAGUGGUUACAGAUUGGCAUGUAAGGAAGCAUGCAGAUACAUUCAAGAUCAUUUAACAAUCCCCGUUGAAGAGCUGGGAAAAGAAUGUAUUGUUAAUGUUGCUAAAACUUCAAUGAGUUCAAAAAUUAUUGGAGCUGAUGCGGACUUUUUUGCACAAAUUGUAGUAGAUGCAGUGAAUGCAGUUAAAGUGAGCGAUGCUAGAGGUAAUAAUAUGUAUCCAAUAAAAGCUGUCAAUGUACUUAAGGCACACGGUAAAAGUGCAAGAGAGAGCUUUCUUGUUCCUGGUUAUGCCUUAAAUUGUACAGUAGCCAGUCAGGCAAUGCCGAAAAAAAUAGUAAAUGCUAAGAUUGCCUGCUUAGACUUCUCAUUACAGAAGGCCAAAAUGAAGAUGGGUGUACAAGUUUUGAUCACUGAUCCCAAUCAACUUGAAGCUAUACGUACUAGAGAACUGGAUAUUACCAAAGAACGUAUUCAGAAGAUCCUUUCGACUGGUGUGAACGUUAUAUUAGUAUCUGGUGGUAUAGAUGAUUUAUGUUUGAAAUAUUUCAUUGAAAAUGGAGCAAUGGGAGUGAGACGAGUUAAAAAAGUUGAUUUAAAAAGAAUUGCCAAAGCUACUGGUGCAACUUUUGUUACAUCACUUAGUAAUAUGGAAGGUGAAGAGAGUUUUGAUUCUAGUAUGGUAGGAGAAGCAGCGGAAGUUGUACAAGAGAGAAUCUCAGAUGACGAAUUGAUUAUUAUUAAAGGUCCAAAAGCCCGAACUGCAGCUUCAAUUAUUCUUCGUGGUCCAAAUGAUUUUUAUUGUGAUGAAAUGGAACGUUCAGUACAUGAUGCUUUAUGCGUCGUGAAACGCGUGCUGGAAUCUAAAAGUGUAGUAGUGGGUGGAGGUAGUGUAGAAGCAGCUCUAUCGAUAUACCUGGAAAAUUUCGCUACUACAUUGAGUUCAAGAGAACAGUUAGCCAUUGCUGAAUUCGCUAGAAGUUUAUUGGUUAUUCCUAAAACUUUGGCUGUUAACGCGGCACAGGAUGCUACCGAUCUAGUCGCUAAAUUGAGGGCCUACCAGAAUUCCAGUCAAACAAAAAAAGAUCAUGCUCAUUUGAAGUAUGUUGGACUAGAUCUUAUUGAAGGUACUGUUAGAGAUAACAGGAAAGCUGGUGUAUUAGAACCUACAAUGUCCAAAGUAAAAUCAUUAAAAUUCGCAACGGAGGCUGCAAUAACCAUAUUGAGAAUCGAUGACAUGAUCAAAUUGGACUCCGAACAAAAAGGUGGAAAGAACUACCAACAAGCAAUGGAAAGUGGAGAAUUAUACAACUGAAUACAUGUACUUUAAACGUAUUACUAAUUUAAAUAUUUUGAAAAGCUUGUAAUCAAUCGUUCACAUUUUUUUUUAAUAAAUCUUAACAACACUCAA